GGGGGGGGGGAGGCGAAGGACACACUGGUUUACAGGGCUGCUAUCCGUGAUCAAUCGUGAGGGGAGGUCAGGGUGUCAAAUGUUGGCAAUAGCAACAGUUUGUGUUGAGGCUGGGGAAAGUACGUGGCAAGAGCUUCCCCAACGAUACACUUGCGUGGGUGAGGCAAGUGUUGUAGUAGUGGUGGUGUGGUGUGUUGUGUUUUCUUGGUGUGACUUAGAUUUUGGUGAACCUUGCGUAUUGUGUAGUUCGAGCUGCUGCUCGGAGAGGUUCGUCUCUCUUCUUUCGUGUUUACGCCUCUUGCGAAUUAUUGUCCGUGUUAUUGGUCGCCGUGCGCAAUUGAACAUCUUAUUGUGUCCCUUGGCUUCUUCUGUGGGUGCUCCAUAGCGCUCUCUUUGCUGCAGGUUCCGCUAGGAUGAUGCGCCAACGGAAGUGCGUGGAUGUGGCUACAUGUGGCGAUGACAGUUGGCGGUACACAUCAUGCCGGCUCUCUUGUUCUACUGUAUGUAUGGGUAUGCAUGUGUUUAAUGGUACAAUCGGAUCAAGAAUCGAACGCUGCUUCAUCUUUGUAGAACUCCAAUCUUGA